CAGCUCAAAGAGGCGAUUGCGAUAUAUGAGCAUGUGGUGGCAGUGCGGAGGGAGACGCUGGAUGAGAAGGAUCACUCUCGACUGGCAUCAGAGCACCAGCUUGCCAGUGCAUAUCUUAAAGAUGGGCUGGCUCAAGAGGCAGUCGACCUCCUGGAACAUGUCAUAGCAGUCGAAAGUCAGCUCUACGCUGAAAACGAUCCUGACCGACAAAUUUCAAUAGAAUUGCUCGCCAAUGCGCGUAAACAACUGGAAGCGGAAAUUCCAUAG